AUGUCAUUGACCGGACUCGGACUAAAUGGGGUCGCUCUCAUCACUGGAGCAGGUGGUGCUCUUGGACGAGCGGUUGCUCUCCAGUUUGCUCGUGAUGGGGUCAGGCAGAUCGCUGGCCUGGAUCUCUCAAACAAAGCAUUGAGUGAGACCGCUGCAGCGUUGACCGCUGAAGUCCCAGACGUGGAUUUUCUGCAACUUGCAGUAGAUAUAUCAGAUGAGGAGCAGGUGGCUCGUGCUUUCAAGUCGACUAUCGAUCGAUUUGGUAGGAUCGACUACGCUAUCAACAACGCGGCCAUUGCCGCUCCUUUCGUGCCAACUGGGGAAGCAACACUUGAAGCCUUCGAAAAGGUCCAGAGAAUCAACCUGAGAGGCACCUGGCUCUGUGAGAGGGAAGAAUUGAGAUAUAUGGCCAAGCAAGAGCCGUUGGAGGCUCUUAGCGGCAGAGCCCCUACCAGGGGCUCGAUUGUGGUGGUGUCGUCCCUUCUCGGCAUCCGAGCCAUUCCCUUGGAUGGACUGUACACCAUCUCCAAGCAUGGGCUGAUCGGCAUGGUACGGACGGAUGCGCUUGACUAUGCAAAGCAAGGAAUUCGAGUUAAUGCUGUUUGUCCUGGAUUCAUCGAUACUCCGUUGGUGACACCCGCAAUCCGGGAGUUGCUUGCUCCACAAAUUGAAAAGACCCCCAUAGGCAGAUUGGCAAGUCCGCAAGAGAUAGCCGACGCGAUAGUUUACCUGUCAAGCGACAGAGCAAGCUAUGUGACCGGGUCGGUGCUCCCGGUUGAUGGAGGAUACAGUGCACAGUAG